AUGAAUACUGUUGUUUUAAUCCUCUGCUUAUAUCACUGCGUCUUCGGCUACAACUAUCUGGUUUACUCACCACUGUUUGGUCACUCGCAUGCACAUUUUAUGGGAACCAUAGCUGACACUUUAACUGAUGCUGGCCAUAAUGUGACUGUACUUAUGCCUGUGCUCGAUCCUGACAUGGAAAACAUGACUGGACUGAAGUUGACUGCUAAUGUAAUAAAGGUGCCCGCAAAUAAUAAGACAGCUGCAAUGUUUGCGCAAAAGGCGGAAUACACCCCGGGGCUAUGGAAUCUCGACCCUUCAGCUUAUGGCAUGGUGAAGUUGGCCAGCGGUAUGGCGAAGGGCUUCACAUUGCAGUGCGAAAAAGUUUUGAACGAUGAUAAUGUCAUGAGCAUGCUACGCUCGGUAAAGUUCGACGUAGGUAUCUCUGAAGCUUUUGGCAUUUGCGGAUUUGGAAUCUUUGAAUUGCUAGGAGUGAAAUCUACUAUUGCAGCCGCCUCUAUGGUGCAAGCCGAUCAUGUUUCUAAAAUUAUUGGGUUACCAUUAGCUCCCAGUUAUGUUCCAGGAUCGAUGUAUGCGAGGGGCGAGGUGAGGAGUGUAUUAGACCGUUUGAGGAAUGUUCUCGAAACACAAGUUGGCGCUAAAUUCAAUGAGAUUUUGUGCGAGAUGGAGACUGCACCAUUUCGAGCAAAGUACGGAAAGAAUUUCAAGGGAUGCGAGGAGCUCCUUGGCCAAAUCUCAUACCUUUUCACAAACUCAAACCCAUACCUUGACUACCCACGUCCGACAAUUCAUAAAGCUGUCGAUAUUGGUGGAAUUGCUGCAUCGCUGGACGCCGAGAAAAACAAACUUCCUCAGCAUCUGGAUAAAAUUCUUGAUAUCCGUUCUGUGAAUGUGGUAAUUUCAUUCGGAUCAGUGGUGAAAUCUUGUUAUAUGCCGGAAAACUAUAGGCAGUCGCUUCUGAAAGUGUUCAAAACAAUGCCAAAUGUGACUUUUAUAUGGAAAUACGAAUUGGACGCUUCGCAAGAUAUGUUCGGCCUUGCGAACGUUUACUUAUCUGAGUGGCUGCCACAAGUCGCACUAUUAGCCGAUCCUAGGGUGACAGCAUUUAUUUCUCACGGAGGCCUCGGAAGUACCACGGAGAUUGCACAUAUGGGUAAACCAGCGAUUAUGGUACCACUGUUCGCCGACCAGACUCGCAACGCUAAUAUGCUGGCAAGACAUGGCGGAGCUUUGGUGUUAGACAAAUACGGUUUGGCUGAUCAUUUCUUAGUAAGAGAGACAAUUCAAAAAAUCAUUACAGAUGAGAGCUAUGCCACAAAGGCUCGAUUAUUGGCGGAUAUUCUUGUCAACCAACCUAUCAGUGCGAAAACUUUGAUGAUCCAACAUGCGGAAUUUGCAGCCAGAUUUGGAAGGAUACCAAACUUGGAUUCACAGGGUCGCCACCUUUCCAUACUACAACACUACCUUAUUGACGUGUUCACUGUAGUGUUGGCCGUUUUAGCUAUCACUCUUUCUACUAUUUACUAUUUAUUGAGGAUUUGUUGGCGAUGGCGAGUAAGCAAAGCGAAACUCGCAUAA